AACGCUCAUAUAACAAUAUCGUUGUCGAUAUCCUUUCCCAUGUGUGUAUUAUGCAUAGGUAUAUAGUGUACUUAUGUAUUUCUGAAUACAGCGCCACAUGUGGAUAAAAUGGAUCCCAUCUCCGUGAAACGCAUGCUGCUUUGGUUCUGUAUUAUUGCAUCUACUCAUGGUAAACAAUGUGGACAAGUGGAUGAUAAUUAUCGAUUCGACUGCCACCCAGAAUUGGAUGCAUCUCAGCAGAAAUGUGAAGCACGGGGUUGCUGCUGGGCUCCAGGGAAGUCCCCGGCACGGGAUCAUGCUGUUGGUGUGGAGUUUGAUGUGCCGUACUGUUACUAUCCACUUGAUUAUCCGGGCUACGUCAAUGGAGUGCCAACCCCUACCGAGUAUGGCUUCACUGUCAAUCUUACGAGAACUACAAAAAGUUAUCAUCCGAAGGAUGUUAUGAAUUUGAAGAUGGACGUACUAUAUGAAACUGAUAGCCGACUUCACAUCAAGAUUUAUGAUGCUGAUCGUAGAAGGUUUGAGGUACCUAUCCAGACACCACCUUUCACAUCAAAGGCAGGGAAUCCUACGUACGACGUGCAACUAGCACCAACUUCCGGUUUCACUGUUACCAGAAAGACCAGUAAAGAAGUGGUUUUCAACACCACCAUCAAUCCAGGGUUCAUUUUCUGCGACCAGUUCAUCCAGAUCUCCUCGUCUCUGUCGUCCUCGUACAUCUACGGACUUGGGGAGCAUCGUAGCAGUCUGGCGCUGCCAAUAGACUGGCGGAGGUUCACCUUCUGGGCCAGAGAUCAAUCCCCAAGUCCAAACAUCAACCUUUAUGGCGUUCAUCCACUUUACUACAACCUGGAACCGAAUGGAGAUACUCAUGGAGUGUUUCUCUUGAAUAGCAAUGCUAUGGAUGCAAUUCUUCAGCCAGCCCCAGCCAUAACAUACAGAACAAUUGGUGGGAUUCUAGACUUCUACAUCUUCCUUGGCCAUGACCCCAUCGAUGUGGUUAAGCAAUACCAGGAUGUCGUUGGGAAGCCAUUCAUGCCGCCUCUGUGGGCAUUGGGUUUCCACCUCUGCCGCUGGGGAUAUAACUCAGUAAAUGGCACUAUGGCUGUUGUAGAAAGAAUGAGGGAAGCGUCGAUUCCCCAGGAUGUGCAGUGGAAUGACAUUGAUUACAUGGAAGGAGAAAAAGAUUUCACCCUGAACCCUACCACCUACAAGAAUUUGACCAAGUUGGUUGCAGACCUGCAUGCUAGUGGCCUUCAUUAUGUCCCCAUUUUUUAUCCAGCAAUAAGCAGUUCUCAAUCGCCUGGUAGCUAUCCGCCCUAUGAUACAGGUGUCACUGACAAUAUCUUCACGAAGGCUGAUGACGGAAGUAUCUUCAUCGGUAAAGUAUGGCCAGGAGACGCGGCUUAUCCUGACUGGUUCCAUCCUAAUGCAACACGCUGGUGGCAGACUCUUGCAAGGAAGUUCCACAAUGCAGUCGAUUUUGAUGGCAUGUGGCUUGACAUGAACGAACCCUCCAAUUUUGUAGAUGGUAGACUACAAGGCGGCUGCUUAAACAAUAACACUUAUGACAAUCCUCCAUAUGUACCCGGUGUUGGAGGUAACUCUCUAUAUUCCAAGACAUUGUGUCCAUCUGCACGUCAACACGCUGGUCUUCAUUACGAUGUCCACAGUUUAUAUGGACUUUCUGAGGUCAGAAUCUCCUACACGACGUUGACAAACAUUCGCAAGAAGCGUCCAUUUAUCAUCUCCCGUUCCACCUUUCCGUCGUCUGGGAGAUACGCUGGCCACUGGUUGGGGGACAAUGUUAGUGAAUGGCCAGAGAUGCACGCUUCCAUCAUAGGUAUAUUGAACUUCAAUAUGUUUGGAAUGCCGAUGGUAGGAGCCGACAUCUGCGGCUUUGGGGGUAACACAACAGAAGAACUUUGCACCCGCUGGAUGCAGUUAGGAGCCUUCUAUCCGUUCUCGCGGAACCACAAUAGUCUUGGCAUGGUAGACCAGGACCCAGCUGUAUUCAGUAAGGCCAGCCAGGAUUCCAGCAGGGAUGCUCUUCUGAAUCGCUACUCUAUCAUUCCUUUUCUUUACACGUGGUUUCAAAUGGGUAAUGCCAAUGGCAGUAUGAUGGCUCGGCCACUCUUUUUCGACUUCCCCUAUGAGCCAGCUCUCUAUGACAUUGAUACCCAGUUCAUGCUUGGCGAGGAGCUACUGGUCAGUCCUGUCCUUACAGAGGGCGCCACCACGGUUAAUGCAACAUUCCCUCCUGGACGCUGGUACAGCAAUGGUGCAACCAUCACGGGGGAACCACCAAUGACUUUCACCAAGACAACAUCUGUGGUUCUGGACGCUCCUUUAAACAAGAUCAACCUUCACUUUAGGGGAGGCUUCGUCGUCCCCACGAUGAUUCCUCAACAGACCACCACCAAGAUGGUAGAGAACCCCUUGAUGAUCUUACUCGUCUGUUUGGACGUAGACGGAACGGCCAAGGGUCACAUGUACUGGGAUGACGGCGAGUCCAUCGGAUCAUUUGAAAAUGGACAUUAUACAUGGUGGAGCUUCAGUGCUAAGAACAACGAGAUGAUGUCAACGAUUGACCAUGAUGGCUUUGAAGGGUCGUCCAAGAUGAGCUUCUUCGGGUUUCUUGUUGAAGGGGUAUCGACCAAGCCUACCCAAGUCACCGCCAAUGGCCAGACGUGUCAGUUUGAAUAUUUUCAAACUUCUCAAAUUCUUGAUAUUACAUGUCCAAAAAUGCCUUUUAACAAACCAAUGACAUUGAAGUGGAGCUAGUAACAUUUGAUAAACUUGCAGUUCCUCCAGAUUUGUUGUAGUUAGAUAUGUUCAUGAUUCUAUGUGAUUGGUUUCUAUGCUCAUGUUUGUUACCUUUAUUCGAGAUGUUUAUAAAGGCAAGAAUGCCGACUCCAGUAUGUAAACCUAUGAGUCUGGUGUAAGGAAGUUUACAAAGGACUUACGGCUUAAUGAAACGAUGCCUUAUGCCAUCCCACCGAUUAUUAUGUUAUUAAAAAGAUAAAUCGACGGCGAUUUUUUCAGUUCGGAACGACCUGACUUAAAGUUGAUUUUGUGAUGUGAAUGACUCACUAGCUGUGUAUAUUUCCAAUUUUUUAUUUACAUGCCCCAUGAAAAAGAGUAGCAUAAUACGUGCAAUAAUGCGGCAAGUCAUCGAUUUCAAGUAUGGAAAUUGUGUAUAUAAAUUUUAUCAGUGUGACGAAUUAUUGUGUGAUUAUCAUCGUGAUCUUAUCGACCCAUUUCCUCCCUCUUUUAGCCGAGUAUAUGACGUUAAAGGGAAGAGCAAAGAAUGAUAUUGAAAGAUAUAUAUUUCAAAAUAAGUGAUUGUAAUAAGUUCUACCAACGUGUCAAUGUUCAGAGAUACGAAUAUGCUGAAUCAGUAAUAUAUUUUCGUAAGUUAAGGUCAUAAUUAUAAGAGCCAUUAUCAAAAAGUGAAGGGACACCUAUCGUAAAUAAAACUUAAAAAAUCGGCUCUAUAAAGAGAAGGGUAUUUAUCAGAGUUAAAAAAGGAGUAGAUUCCUUAUAUAGGGCCAAUAUGAAAUUAGCAAUUUUCGUAUAUAAAGGACAUUUUGGGUGCCUGAAAGGUAAUAAAGGGCACUGUGCCCUCCCCCUAGUUUUGUGCUGAUUAAGUAUUUUUUUCAAACACCGUUGAAAGGGCGACAAAUCAUCAUAUCUCUAUGAAAUGUUAAGAACAUGGCUGCCAAAAUAACUAUUUGGUGGCCAUUACUCUGACGUGGUACAUUAUUUUGAUUCCAUCAUGGGAUAGAGAACUCGGAUUUGGACAAGGCAUCACUGAUGUAUUUAACCAUAAAACAGGGGAAGAUGACCCUCGGAGAGAGAGAGUGAGAGAGAGAAGGGACAGAGAUGCAAGUUCUGGUCACUAGUGAAAAAUGCCCAACUUUUAACCAACCCUGGGCAACGUACUGUCCACACAACUAUUGGUUAAUAUCUGCCCAAAUUGGGUAAUAAAAUCUAAUAAUUGGGUAAUACAUUUGCUCGAUUGGAUAAUAAUUGCCCAGAAUAUAUAUAUAUUUAUUUACCAACAUAUAUUACCCAACACAGUGGACAGUAUGUUGCCCAACAUUUUAAGUGUCUAGAAUAUUGCAUCAUACUUGUGGGCCUACUAACUUGUAAAACUCAUAGGCAUAGUAUCCUGAUGGGAAUUGUAUAUGGAUAUCUACAAAUGCACAGUUUUCAUGGUUUUAUGUAAAAUUGUGGCGAAGUGUGAGAUUCCCAGUUGAUAUUCCGAUUGCAUCUAAGCAUACAAUUGUUCAUAGUGUAUAGUACGAGAUUUUUAUGCCUUUUUGUGUCUUCAGUAUGAUUUGAAAUAAAAGCGGGGAUGUUUUUUAUUCUGAAAUUACAAAGUGUUGAUGUUUGUAAUAUGAUAAUUAUUCGGUAUUACAUUCGACUCUUGAUUGCGUUUUGAUUGGACGGAGUCUCAUUGACGUGCCUAGUUUCUUUUUUUUAGGCACAGUUCGUGUUGUAUGUAUCGUUUCUUCUUUGUGUGAUAUAUUCGUCAUGAUUGAUUUGUUUAUUAUUUCAUUCAGUAUGAUAGAACUCAAAUAACUUUACGAAUAGGCCAUCUUCCCUGUCGAGCAGGAAAGCCUGGAAUCGCUAUAUAGAAGCUGCCCCUGUAUUCAAGGGACAAAUCUGUAAAUUUCGGAGUAUCGACUGUUCACCCCUAUACCGAUCAUAAUUUUAUUUUACUGGAAACUGCUUCCGGCAUUUGCACCUUUUAGUUCUUCUCUUUUUUUUUUCAUUUGUCUUUGUCAGAAAGAAAUCAACCCUUCUUAAGGUACACCAUUGGCAUAAAUGUGGAUG